CAUAAUUCCUGAUGUUACACCAAGCAAGCGGAGGAGAACAAACCCUGCAAUCAGCUUAUACUACUUAGAAAUCUGAGAGCACAAAACUUCCCAAGAUGGCGGCUGCCGGUACUUGUAGCUUCUUGGCCAUUGCCAUGGCACUCGCUCUCUUAAGCGGCAACAUGACCCACGCCGGUCGCCUCCUGGCCGACACGACGGAGGCAGCAGCCCCCACUGCAUCCCCUGCCGCUGUCCCAGGCAUCCCCUUGCCGAAGCCGCCCGUGCCCACCGUGCCUACAAUGCCAACCGUGCCCGCGGUCACCAUACCCCAGCUCACGGUGCCCCCCAUGCCGGCUGUGCCUGCCGUAACCGUGCCCCAGCUCACGGUGCCUCCCAUGCCGGCUGUCCCGGCAGUCACCGUGCCCCAGGUCACGUUGCCGCCCAUGCCUGCUAUUGUUGUGCCGAAGGUGACGAUGCCACCAAUGCCUUCAAUUUCAAUUCCAUCCAUCCCCAAGGUGGCAUUACCUCCGAUGCCUUCUAUUCCGAGCGUGACGGUGCCGAUGCCAUUCCUUGCGCCACCUCCUUCGGCAUAGGCAUGAUGCAAAUCACGCCGUCAAGGGGUUUGCAUUGUUCUUCAAUGAUUUUAGCCGUCUUUUUAUAUUGAUCAGUUCAGUGGUGAAUUUGGUCAUGAUGGCCAGCAUUCACCGCUCACCAUCUUUCAUGGCUACGUUGUGCGGUUUACAUUUUGUUAGCGUGCUUGUAUAAGUAUUGAGCUUGUCAGUGGCUGUUCAUUUUUCUUCAUGUUGAGUACUUUACAGUGGAGAUAUUUGUCGUUUUAUCACGUUUAUCUCAGGCAAACUAUAAUGUGAUUAUUAAGACCAUUAAGUGAUCAUGUGCAUUCUCACUUCAA